GGCUCACUUUGCAACCAGGGCACGUGCAUUCCGGUCACCCCGCGCGCAAGGUCCGCCCAGCCCCCGCACGCCCGCCCUCUAGCCUGUCCGGACACCGGCGCCUAGUUCACCGCACAGUGCCUGGCCCUUCCCCCGCCGGCCAGUCUAGGGCUUGGCGCUGGCGGGCGCGGCUGUUCCUGCCCUCCUCUGCCCUGCCCUGGCCUGCCCUGGCGCCCUCCCUCAGCCCGGGUAUCAGGCCAGAGGCGGAGCUGGCCCGGCGCGCCCCGCCCCCGCUGUAGAAAGGGCCGGGCUAGUGUUACUCGCGGUCAUCCGGCUGCGGCCUUUUAUCUUGGUGCUGCCGGGAGAGGCGGGAGGAGGAGACACCGGGGGUGGCCCUGAGCGCCGGCGACACCUUUCCUGGACUAUAAAUUGAGCACCUGGAAUGGGUAGGGGGCCAACGCAGCCACCGCAGCCCUCAGUCACAGUCCGGCCACUGACCGCAGCAGCGCCCUUGGGCAGCAGCCGCUGGCAGUGGAAACACUGAAGUACCAAGAAACAGAGAAAUCUCAAGGCGUUAAGAGGAGGCCAGGGUCCGACCCACCGACCACCCUCCGCAUCACUAGCUUCCGGGCGCCAAAGCCAGGAGAAGCCGCGCAUCCCGGAGGGCCGGGCUGCAAGUGAGACGAGAGUUGAAGAGGAGAGGGCGGAGGAGGAGCCGGGAAUCCCGCCACACCGGCUAUAGCCAGGCCCAGGGCGCAGGCCUGUGAGAGUGCGUGAAGGCGGGCACCCCCUCGCCCCAGCCGAUCAUCCUCGUGCCCCUACGUCCCAGUGCUCCGGCACGAGCGCAGCCACCAUGAUGCAAAUCUGCGAUACCUAUAACCAAAAGCACUCGCUCUUUAACGCCAUGAAUCGCUUCAUCGGCGCCGUGAACAACAUGGACCAGACGGUGAUGGUGCCCAGCUUGCUGCGCGACGUGCCCCUGGCUGAGCCGGGGUUAGACAACGACGUCGGCGUGGAGGAGGUAGGCGGCAGUGGCGGCUGCCUGGAGGAGCACGCGUCCCCAGCCCCGGGCCCAGGCACCGCCAAUGGCAGCUUUUUCGCGCCCUCCCGGGACAUGUACAGCCACUACGUGCUGCUUAAGUCGAUCCGCAACGACAUCGAGUGGGGCGUCCUGCACCAGCCACCGCCACCGGCGGGGAGCGAGGAGGGCAGCGCCUGGAAGUCCAAGGACAUCCUGGUGGACCUGAGCCACUUGGAGGGCGCGGACGCCGGCGAGGAAGACCUGGAGCAGCAGUUCCACUACCACCUGCGCGGGCUGCACACUGUGCUCUCCAAACUCACGCGCAAAGCCAACAUUCUCACUAACAGAUACAAGCAAGAGAUCGGCUUCGGCAACUGGGGCCACUGAGGUGGGGCACCCGCGACUGCCCAGCACCCUCUCUGGCCCAUCUCUCAUCUCUCCUUCCUCAAAGCUAUUUUCUUCCUGGCUGUGGGGCUCGAAGGGGCAGACUGCAAAGUUGGGGGGCUGCGUACGUGCAGGGAGCUCGGCGGGGCUGUGUGGAGGAGGGGGCCCCGUUCGUGAGAGGAGAGGAAAGUGGUGGUGGGAGAGAGGGGUUUAAGGACCCCACCGGGUGGGGGCCUGCGUUCUAUGUGGACAGGAAUGAGACUGGGCUAAUGCCCCACAUUUCAGCCUGUGCCUUUCCUAGGGUUUCUUUUCUGUUCUUUCCGGAGGAGAAGGGCCCCAGAAGGGGCCAUGCCAGGGCGCGGCGCUGGGUUGCCACACUUGGGAGAGCCGCCUGGAGCUGGGUGGUGGGGAAGGCGGGGCACACAGCCUCCCGCCGCUCUGUCGUUGGGCUGGUGGAGGCCCAGGCGUUGCUAGGAUUGCAUCAGUUUUCCUGUUUGCACUAUUUCUUUUUGUAACUGUGGCCCUGUCUUAAGUAUUUCAAAUCUCUUUGCUCUGAAACUUCGGCGAUUCCAUUGUGAUAAGCGCACAAACGGCACUGUCUGUUGGUAACCGGUACUACUUUAUUAAUGAUUUUCUGUUACACCGUACAGUAGUCCUGUGGCACCCCCACCCCAUUCUUUUCACAUCACCCCUAACCCACCCCCACCCCACCCCGGUGUGUGUAAACUGGCAGUGUGCCAGCUUGUAAGAAGCUUGCCACUCAGCCAGUGGAAAUAAUAACAUUAUUAUGAGAAAGUGGACUUAUCCAAAGUGGAACCAACUGACAUUCUAUCUGUGCUGUACAUAGAAUGAUGAAGGGUUCCAAUGUUGUUAUAUGUCUUAAAUUUAUUUAAAACUUUUUUUAAUCCAGAUGUAGACUAUAUUCUAAAAAAUAAAAAAGCAAAUGUGUUAACUAAACUGGA